GGAGGGACUGGGAGCCAGAAGCUCGGCAUGGCUGACGACGUGGGCCUAGAGACCCAACUGUGUUCCGAGCAGUUCGGGUCUGGGGAGGCACGGGGCUGCCGGGCCGCCGCGGAUGGGAGCCUGCAGUGGGAGGUCGGGGGCUGGCGCUGGUGGGGGCUCUCCAGGGCCUUCACGGUCAAACCCGAAAGACGAGAUGCGGGCGAAGUGGGGGCUCCCAGGGCCGCCUCACCACCCCUCUCCGGGCUCCAGGCCGUGUUCCUGCCGCAGGGCUUCCCUGAUAGCGUCAGCCCGGACUAUUUGCCCUACCAACUGUGGGAUUCCGUGCAGGCGUUUGCUUCCAGCCUCUCCGGCUCCCUGGCCACCCAGGCAGUCUUGCUGGGCAUAGGGGUGGGGAACGCAAAAGCCACUGUUUCAGCUGCCACGGCCACCUGGCUCGUGAAAGGUGAGCUGCACCCCCGGAGCCCCACAUUGCAUGAGAAUGCGAUUGAUUGA